AGCUCUACUGGCUUAGGAGUAAGGAAGCGGACCAAGUACCACAUGUACGACUGUGCGUAGUCAGAGACUACCGCCGAAAUUUCUAAAUUGAGUUGGUCCGCUCUGAGUCCUCGAUUGCACUGGAAGGAAAGCGGGCGACCGACGAGCGUGUGAACACGCACAGGCGUCGAUAUUCGGCUUCUGCUUCUGACGGUGCUGCAUUUGGUGCUUCCGCUUCUCCUCGUUGUUUAGGGUUUAUGAUCCCCUCGCAAAGCUCGAGGCUUCGUUCCGCGGAUCCGCUCUUCCGCUCGAGCUGGAAUCUGGCGCCCCUGCGAGGCCUGUCAUUGAGACUGCGGAAGUGCGCGCGGAGUGUCGAAGGCAGUCGCUUCGAGCCGCUUUGAGCGUCGACCGUCUCGUGCAGGCGCGGUUUCCCCACUCGAACGAAGACGCGGGGGCUUCUUUCGCAGCUGCAUAAGAUGCACUCUCCGGCAUCUGCUACCGUCACCUAUAAUGCAGGGGUUUCAGUUCCUACUUUUAAGGUUUUAGACGUAUGGACAGCGCGAAGUUCCUUAAACUGGUCGAGGAGAAGAAGAAGAAAGCUCUUGAGAAAAAAGAAGCCCCUUUGAAGUGGCAGCAGAGGCUCGAAGCUGGACAGAGAGCUAUAGAGGAAGCGGAAGCCAAAGCGAGAGGAGAGAAGAAGGCCCGGAAGAGACAGAAGAAAAGAAGUUCAAUCUCAGAGUCGAGCGACGACGGGAGUGAUUCCGAGAGGGAAAAGAGAUCGAAGAGGAGGCGUAGGAAACAGAAGCGGAAGCCGUCGAAGAAACACAAAAGGGAUGACGAUUCUACUUCUAGUUCCGAUUCUGAAGAUUGGAGCUCUGACGAGGAGGCUGAGAAGAAAACCCUCAAGCGGCGGUCUAGGAGGCAUCACCGACGGUACCAUUCGAGCUCCGAGAGAUAUAUAUCAUCAGGUUCGGAUGGACAUAAGGAUAGGCACAGGAGAAAGAGGCGCAGUUUUGAAGAUGAGGGCUCUGACGUAGAAUAUCACAGGGGAAGGUCGAAUAGGCGAAGACGUAGCCCUGAUGACGACUCUGGUUCAGACAUAGACAGGAGAGAGCGACCCAGAAGAAAACGGCGCAGCUCUGAUCGAGAAGACUCGGGGUCCGAAGAACGUAAGGAGUCGAGAAGGAGGAAACAAGGAGCUGGAGAUGAUGAAUCUGAUAGCUAUGAUACGGAUAUUGUAGGAGAUAGGAAGAGAAGUACAAGGCACAAGAAGGAUCAUCAUCAUCACAGACAUCACGAUGGCAAUGGGAAGCACAGUGAAAAUGAUUUGACAGAUAAACCAGGCAUGGACAAAAGUGAACUAGAACGUCCAUGAUACAAGUGCAUUUCAGCUGAAAGUGGCUGUUGUAAUUUUGUUUCGAAUUUUAGAAAUUUCGGAUUAUAAACCAUUCUUUCUAGGCGAAUUGAAUCUGUACUAGCAUGGACACGUAGUCUCCACUAAUAGUGAGAUCAAGUCCGUGUGUUACGGAGCUUUAAGUGCCACUCACUUCCAUCAUCCUUC